GUCAGUGAACCAAGUUUCCAGCGACUCAGCCAUCGCGCUGUGCAACUUUUUAGAAAUGAACGUCCGCGCACCGGAUUUACGCACGGAUCCCAGGCCGUGAUCGUGGGUUUUUGGCCCGGUCCGGCCCGAUUGGUCGUCCGGAGAAGCUGAAUAUGGGUCAGGCUGCUGUCUCUGCCGUGUCUCAGACAGCUAGCGUUGAUGGGUUGGAGAAGUCAUCAUCACUGGCCAGCUGUGACAUGGUGGUGGACAGCGCCACCAAUACCCAGAAUGCCCCUGCAUCACGGCAGCAGCGAGGCAAGUUGUCGUCAUUAGGAAAACUAUUCAAACCCUGGAAAUGGAGGAAGAAGAAGACCAGCGACAAGUUCCAGGACCUUUCCAAAGUUUUAGAGAGAAAAAUCUCAACCAGACAAACCAGGGAGGAGCUCAUCAGAAAGGGAGUACUCAUCCCUGACCAAGACGAACCAGUCAGCAGUGAAAAUCUGAACGGCCACGCUACAUCCAGUGUGACGUCAGAGGAGGUCAAGGUUGACAUUGAAUCACCAGAUACACAACUGGAAGAGCAAGCCACUGGGCCGGUCAGCACAGAGGACAAAACAGAGAGAUGUGAUACUAAACCCAUGGCCCGGGCAAACCAGGCGCGACCUCGAGAUGCACAAGCUAAAAAGCAGCACAGUGCCACUCUGCCCGCCUCUUCCAAAUCUGCAGGCGGCACUGCAGGUACAACCAGACACAGGGACGGUGCGUCAGGGACUAAAAAAACUGCUAAAACCACAGGCAAGACGGGCUCUUCCGGUCAAACUAAAGCUAACUCUCGGAGCACUAACACCACUAGUCGCGGGGUUGCCAAAUCCUCACAUCCAAAGAAGGCAGGCGGCACAACAAAAACCACCCCUGCUUCCACCUCCACCCCUCGAUCUCAGGCAUCUAAGGAUUCAGGAGCCGCAGGACGGACAGAUGCAAAGACUAACCGCAAGUCUGACACUCCCACCUCUGCCUCUGUACCUCAAAAGACUCCUUCAAAGGCUCAGGGCCAACAUGGGGAGGUGAAAUCCUCAGACCCCCAGCCUCCCUCAUCUAAAUCCUCAGGCACAGAGGCAAAGGAAACUAAAGCUGCAUCUCGAUCUGGGGAGACUAAAUCUUCUUCCGGUGCAGGGGAGGAGACCCACAAAGGUGUGGUGACAGAACCCACCAACAGGUCUCCUCAUGUCAACGCUGCUACUGAGGACACUUCCUUUACGGAGAAGGAGACGGACAGCAGUUCACAAGGAGAUGGACAGUCGAGGACGAGAGGGGAGGGCAGAGAGGACGACAAGAAGAAAGGAGAGGCGGAGUCUGCUGGUGAAAAUAACCAGAGGUCAGCAGAGGGUCAGCCUGAAAAGCAGCAGGGCCUCAGUGUGAACACAGAGGACGCCGAGGUGACCGUAAUCCCCGACAGGUCAAGAGACAGUCAAACCAGCGACUCUGACUCUGAUGGACCAAUCCUGUACCGGGACGAGGAGGAAGAAGAGGAGGAGGAAGACGAGUACAUAAACAGCUCCUUGGCCAGUAAGAUCCGCCGACGAGACACUCUGAACAUCAAACUCGGGAACCGUCCCAGUAAGAAGGAGCUGGAAGAGAAAAAUAUACUGCCACGAAGCUCAGAGACGGAGAGACACGAGCUACGGCAGCAGAUCGAGUGCAAACUCGUCAGGCGUUUGAGCCAAAGACCCACCACAGAGGAGCUGGAGCAGAGGAAUAUUCUCAAGCAAAAAAAUGAAGCAGAGGAGCACGAGGCCAAACAAGAGAUUAAGAGGAGACUCUCCAGAAAGUUGAGUGUGAGGCCCACAGUGGCGGAGUUGGUGGCUCGUAGGAUCCUGCGUUUUAAUGAGUACGUGGAGGUCACGGAUGCCAAGGAUUAUGAUCGACGGGCGGACAAACCCUGGACACGUCUUACACCUGCUGACAAGGCUGCUAUCCGUAAGGAACUGAAUGAGUUUAAGAGCCGGGAAAUGGAGGUUCACGAAGACAGCAAACAGUUCACCAGAUUCCAUCGGCCCUAGGUUUGCUGGUUGUCAUCUGGACGUCAGCAUCAUUAGCUCCUCAGUCAGCCGCUUCCAGACCUCUGCACACACAGCGCACAGCUCAGUCCACUCUCAGCUUCUCAUCAUUUGUUUUUGGGUUUUGUUUUGUUUUUUUCAUGUCUAUAGUGGCAGCUUCAGGUGUGUGUUCAGUUUUCCAUAGACAUCAGUUAAAUGUUUGCACAUAUCUCUAAUCAGAACGGUGGUGUGUACUCUGUAUAUUUAUUCUCAGAGGACCAGGAGCUGCUGCUGUUUUAAUUCGCUGUUUUCGGUUCACUUCAGGCGUUGCAGUGAGAGGUUUCAGGGAGCGUGAGGUUAAGUGAAUGUGGCUAGAGUGUAUUUUUUUUUGCCUGUUUGGUAAAACAUAUGCUACAGUACAAUAUGUCCUGUCAGACUGCCAAUCUGCCAAAAGGCCAUAUAUGGACAUCCUCCCAAAACAGGAAAUGUGGACGAAUGGCUGGUUUUGUGCUGAUGUCAGUGACUGUGUCAUGGGUUAGAGGGGAAGGGAGGCAGUUUGUUCAGCCCAGAUGGAGAUGCAUCUGAAAUACUGCCGUUUAUUUUUAGACUUAUUUAAAGUAUAUUGCCACUAGGGGGCAUUAUAUCAUAAGAAUUAUUGCCUGUGAGAAUGAAGGUGUGUUUCCAUAUGAAGUGUUACAUUUAUAACUGCCAAAGCUGAGGGAGCGGUGGCACCUGAGGCUAUAAUAGUAAAGUGCAAUGGCAAUCACUCCACAUUCAGCAACUUCUUAUCCCUCAGCACCCUUCUGGAUGAUACAUGAAGCUCGUGUACCAUCAUAUAUCACUGUGUUGAGUUACUAUGUGGGGAAAAAUAACCCUUGUCACAAAGUGCUGGAAUUAUCAUUUAGAAGAUCUAAUUUUUAAUCUUUUAGUUUGAUUUUUUUUUGUUUUUUCAGUUUAGGACCUUGGUUGUUGCUCUUAGACAGAGUAACUUAGUGCCAACACUUUUGCUGAUUUUACUUAAAGGUUUCAUGAAUAGAAAGCUGAGAACGCAGAUAUCCAACAUUAAAGAAGCUCCGAUAUGUGAGAGGUAAUUUGUGUCUUAACAUCCAACUUCUUUUUUGUUCAUUAACUGCUAAAAAUUAUUUCUGCCUUUGCACCCAGACUGGUGAAUAGUACAAUUAGGCAGACACGGGAGAUUUGUAACAAACAAGUGGUGUAUAUAUUUUUUAAAUUGUUUAGUUCGGACACCACAAGAAGUGGCCGUUUGGAUAUUUUACUGCUCUUUUGGAAUUAAAUUAACUUUUGUAUGUGAUGUGUGUGCGCUUGGGAAGAUGUUAAUAAAAUGUAGUCAUUUUUAUUGCAAAAAGUAACAUCACAUAAAAACAAUUGCCUUCAUUUAAAGUUGCAUUGGAACCUUGUGUAUCCGGUCCAUUUACAUACUGUAUAGUCAGCAGUAUGGUCAGUUUGUUUGGCUUAAAACCUGAACGCAUCCUUUAUGAACUCACUAUUUUCCAUCAACGUAACUAUUGUUUUGUUCCAUUUCAGAGACGAUUUUACAUUUUUCCCUGUGCCAUGAUCACUGGUUUAAUGUGGGUGGAACAGAGGGGAGUUUAGGCCUCUCUGAGUCACAGCCAGACAGCUGGUGGGUUGUUUUAAAUUUCAAUUAACUCUGAUCAAUCCACACCAACACAGUCCUAAUGAAGCAAAUUAACUGUGUUCUGAGUUUUAGAAAAUAUUUAUGGGAUACCUAAAGAUCUUCUCUUAACUGUAGCUACAUUAAUUUAGUCAUGAAUAUUUAAAGUUAAAUCUUAAGCCAGGAUUUCAUGGUCUAUAAGCACCCCAUCUGCAUAAAAUCUAUGCUCAUUUGAGAUCAAUGUUAAUACAAAUUUAAACUUGUAAAUGUAAAUUGAUUUGUCUGUGGAAAUAUGUGAUUUAUCUGGAAGGGCUGUUGAAAAAGGAAGCUCAAACACAAUCUUUUCAGUCAGAGAUUCUGAAUGUCUUCAUUUUUCUACUUAUUUUUGUAAAUAUGAAGCACUUGAGCAAAAAAUCCCACAGUUUAGGAAAAUAUAACUAACCAAUUAGCUUGUACUUUGUACUCAACCAGAAGAGAGGAGAUGCUGGCUAACUGUGAUGAUGAAUCUUGCUGACGUCCAUGGGUUUGUGCUUUUCUGAAAAGCCUCUGAUCACCACAACACUCAUCAUUCUUAAUAAUAGGAACUGAAAAUGACAUUUAUUCUGUGUGCGUAUGAAUGUGCAGAGGUGCAGAGUGAAUAGAUGUACAGUCAUGCAAAAGAUACAACAGUAUUCAUUCAUGUUCAUGUCUGUGUUGUUAUAUAUUGAUUAUUUUGUACAGAAUGUAUAUCCAGCAUGUGCAUAUGUUCAGAUCAAUUUUACUACCAAUAUGAAACAGUAGAUGUGAAUGUUGUCAUUUUUUUUAAACAGGUAUCAUCCCCAAACACUGAUGGUGAAAUGAGCAGCGCAGCACUCAUACUGUAUAAGUGUCAGACAAUGAUUGUUGUUAACUGCCAUGUCUUUACCAAAAACACAAAAAAAAUAC